AUGCCCCAAAUUCGCGCCGCAACUCAGCAAACCUCUGCCUCAGCUAUUUAUGAAAUGCCUCUGAUGAUGACCUCACUUCCCCUGCAAGCCCCACUACUUAUAAGGACGCGUCGUCGCGUCGACCACCCCUGCUCUACAUCGCGAAGACGCUAUUCGACGCGUCGAAGACACUGUAAUCGAACAGACUGUCCAACAUGGACAUCAUCCGACCACCCUUUCGACCGAUUACCGUGGAUUUCAGCCAUGGACGUUGCUCCUGACCCAGCCAACAUGGCAGAUAUUGCCGACCUCUCCCAACUUACCGUUGACGACGACCAUGUGUCAACUGGCGCUGGACCGAUUCGUCGUCGAAAGACCUCAUUGCGCUCCAAUCCCCUUGCUCAUGACUCUCACCCCCAUACACCACACCCCCAUAAUCACAACUGCCGCGUCGAAUUCCAUAAUCUCAUGCCCGUACUGUCUUGCGAGCGACCUUUCGCAGCUGACUAA